UCUGUGUCACAGCUUUGGAGGCGCCAUGGCGAACCCGCACGAAGCUUCUGCGAGAAAGCGCGUCUUCAGGGGCACUUUGAUCCAUGCCACCCCGGAAGAGCCAGUGCAGGUCCUGGAAGAUGCAGUACUGGGAGUUAAUGCCGACGGAAAGAUCGCUUUCAUUGGAGAAGGCAAAGAGCUGGCUCGACUCUCCAAAGAGUUUGCCUUUAGCGCAUCGGCAGUAACUCACCUGGAAAAACAUGAAUUCUUCAUGCCGGGAAUGGUGGACACCCACAUCCAUGCCCCCCAGUACAGCUACGCUGGCACAGCCCUGGACUUGCCCCUGCUUGAAUGGCUCAACAAAUACACCUUUCCUGUGGAAUCUCGCUUUAAAGACAAGAAUUUUGCACAGAAGGUCUACACUCAAGUUGUGAGACGAACUCUGAGAAAUGGAACAACCACUGCUUGUUACUUUGCCACAAUACAUACCGACUCGUCUCUCUUGCUGGGCCACAUUGCAGACAACUUGGGCCAGCGAGCCUUGGUGGGUAAAGUGUGUAUGGACAGGAACAAUUCUGUGAAACAUUACAAAGAGACCAUCCAAGAGUCCCUGGAAGAAACCCGUCGGUUCAUCGCUGAGCUCUUGGGGAAAAAGUACUCUCUUGUGAAGCCAGUGGUGACGCCUCGCUUUGUGCUGUCAUGCUCGGGAGCCUUGUUGGGACAACUUGGACAACUCGCUAAGAAUAACAACCUGCAUAUUCAGAGUCAUAUUAGUGAAAAUGUUGAGGAGGUCAAGAUUGUGAAGGAGCUGUUCCCUGAUUCUGCUUCCUACACCGAUGUCUACCACAAGCACAACCUGCUGACUAACAAGACGGUGAUGGCGCAUGGCUGCCAUCUGAGUGAUGAAGAGUUGGCCUUGUUUAGAGAGACAGGAGCUUCUUUGUCUCACUGUCCAAACUCCAAUAUCUCGUUGUGCAGUGGAUUCCUCAAUGUCCGGAACGUCUUGAACCACAAAGUGAAGCUUGGCCUUGGAACAGACGUGGCGGGCGGCUACUCGGCCUCCAUGCUGGAUGCCGUGAGGAGAGCCUUGGACACAUCCAAAUUGCUGACCAUUCAGGACCCGGAACAUGAGACGCUCAACUUUGAGGAGGUGUUCAGGCUGGCUACACUGGGAGGCAGCCAAGCUUUGUCCCUGGAUGACCAAAUUGGAAAUUUUGAAGUGGGCAAAGACUUUGACGCUCUGAGGGUGAAUGUAAUGGUUCCUGGUGGACCCAUUGACUUGUUCCAAUAUGAGGAACCCAAGAUUAUUCUUGAAAAAUUCUUGAAUUUGGGUGACGAUCGGAACAUAGUGGAGGUCUAUGUGGCCGGAAGGAAGGUGGUACCAUCUGCAGAGUAGAACCACCACCAUUUCGCUUGAAAUGUUGCCUCUCCUCUGGGGAAUGAGUCACACUCAUGCUGUCAGUCUAUUUGUAACGUGUAACCUUCUCUAUUCAACUGAAAAUGUAACUCGUAUGGACCAGCUCGGCAAGUAAAAGACAUGUAAAAUCAAUGUAUCAGAUACUGUAUAUCCAACUGUAACUCGGCAUUACCAUAAGCAACCUAAACUAAUCUAAACAUUUGUAUUCUUCUACAUUAGCAUCAAGGACCUGGACUGAUGCAUUUUUGGUGCGUGGAUCUGUAGCUCAGACAUUUUUUUAUUAUUUUUUUUUUUUGCUUUGGCUUAUAAGAAGUGAUUUAAUUAUGAGUUAGGUUAAGACUCUCAACACCAUCACUCAAGUGAAAAAAAUGGAGCAAUUCGGGUAAAACGUGUUGGUGGAUUUGGGUUCAGUUACAAAUCAGUUCGCAAACAAAUUUUUAGCACAAACAUCAUUAAUGCCAUUUGCUUAGUGCUUUGCAGAUUUCAGGUAUAGAUUUUUUUCCUCUGCAAAAUAGCCUCCAGUAUACCUCCCAAAAAAGUGAAAUGUGCCAGUGAUGGUGCGAUUAAGAAACCUGGCAACACACAAAAAUGCUGUAGACGUUUGUGAGACGUUUGGCUUGGUUAUACUUCAUGAAACCAGUUUAUCUCAUUUCAUUAUUUUUAUAUUUCUAUUUUACAAUACAAUAAUAUGAGAUUUAGUGAGGGUUAAUGUCAUUACCAUUUUUUUUGCAUGGGGAUACUUGAUUUGUGAUAGGCGUACGGUAAUUUCCUUGGUCAUGGAACCAUUUCAACUCGUAAGUCAUGAUUUUAAAUAUGACCCAUCUUUCAUUUCAAAUUGCAGCGAUGUGAUUUUUUUUACAUAUAUUAAUUGUUGCAUUAAUGAUGUGUUACUAUCAGAAGUCUGUACACUUUU